GCGCGGGAGGCGCCGCAAGCAGCGGGAAACGCUUCAUGGCGCAGGCGGGGAGAGCUGGUCUGGGGGCCUGGGGGCGGCGGUGCGCGGGCGGGGAUGUGGCUCCGGUCUGCGCGCCUUGGCGCUGGGCCUCAGCGCUGCUCUGGCUGGCGGCGGCGGCAGCGGCGGCGGCGAGCGGCCCCUCCCGGCGCCAGUGGCCGGUGCCUUACAAACGCUUUUCCUUCCGUCCAGAACCAGAUCCUUACUGUCAAGCUAAAUACACUUUCUGUCCCACUGGCUCCCCUGUCCCAGUGAUGAAGGAUGAUGAUGUCAUUGAAGUCUUUCGUUUACAAGCCCCAGUGUGGGAAUUUAAAUAUGGAGACCUCCUGGGACACUUGAAAAUUAUGCACGACGCCAUUGGAUUCAGGAGUACUUUAACUGAAAAGAACUACACAAUGGAAUGGUAUGAACUUUUCCAGCUUGGAAACUGCACAUUUCCCCAUCUCCGACCUGAAAUGAAUGCCCCUUUCUGGUGUAAUCAAGGAGCUGCCUGCUUUUUUGAAGGAAUUGAUGAUAUUCACUGGAAGGAAAACGGGACGUUAGUUCUGGUAGCAACCAUGUCAGGAGACAUAUUUAACAAAAUGGCAAAGUGGGUAAAACAGGACAAUGAAACAGGGAUUUAUUAUGAGACAUGGACUGUCCAAGCCAGCCCAGAAAAAGGGGCAGAGACAUGGUUUGAAUCCUACGACUGUUCCAAAUUUGUGUUAAGGACAUAUAAGAAGUUGGCUGAACUUGGAGCAGACUUCAAGAAGAUAGAAACCAACUAUACAAGAAUAUUUCUUUACAGUGGAGAACCUACUUACUUGGGAAAUGAAACAUCUGUUUUUGGGCCAACAGGAGACAAGACUCUUGCUUUAGCCAUAAAAAGAUUUUAUUGUCCUUUCAAACCACAUUUGUCAACUAAAGAGUUUCUUUUGAGUCUCUUGCAAAUUUUUGAUGCUGUGAUUAUACACAGACAGUUCUAUUUGUUUUAUAAUUUUGAAUAUUGGUUUUUACCUAUGAAAUUCCCUUUUAUUAAAAUAACAUAUGAAGAAAUCCCUUUACCUAACAGAAACAGAACACUCCCUGGUUUAUAAAACCUUAAUUCUACUGCUUUUUUUUUCUACUAGCACAUCAGUUUUUCAGGGAGUGGUUUUACAUGUGUGGAUUUCUUAGGCCUUUCUUCCUUGGGACAGAAAGGUAAAAGACACAUGGGCAGAAUUGCUGCAUAAUAUCUCGGGAAUUUUUUUGGAAAGAAGCUGAAAACUCUUAUUGUGUUGGCCAAAGUGAACCCAUUAGGUGAUCUUGAUUUCAAUCUCCAAGGCUUUGUUAAUAUGGAGAAUUAUAUCAUAUCAUCAGAUAUACAGGAUCUUUGGACUCAGAAUGUGAAAUUGUGGAUAUGGUGUGCCAAAACUAAAAAUACUGUCAGUGACAUUGUCAUGGUGGGAGCUACUUUUUGCAGAUAUGGUAAUUACACUUUCUCAUUUAGGUACUCUCUGGUAGUUUUGACUGACUUUACAGCCUUUGUAACUUCUAGAGCCAGUCCUAGUAGUUUGAUUUUGUUCUAUUCACUUAACCUUAAAGAGUAAUUUGGACACCACAGCUGGAGUGGUCAUGCUUCCAGAUGUGGUAAAAUCAGUGAUAAAGAGCACAAGUUUCUGGCUGGCAUUUUAGAACUAGCCAGUGACUGGUAUUUUGUGAUUUAAGCAACUUAUCAUUUCCAAACCUUAGUUUCCUUAUCUCAAAAAUGAUUCAUCUGUCACGAUUGUUGUAAAGACUGAAGCCAUGUAUAGUUUGGCCUAGUAAGGUCACAGUAAGUGGUAACUAUGACGAUUAAUCAGAGAACAAACUGCCAUCAUUGAUCUUGCCUAAUGUGGUUUGCAUGCCAGCCUUUCCUGGCUUUGUAAUAAUCACCCAGACUCUGAGCGGGCAGCAUAGUGCUUCUGCGGUUCUUCACACAUAUGGAACAUGGAAGUAUCUGACUGCAGGUACAUCUGGGUGAACGGGCACCCUUUAACUAACUCCUUCACUGCUUCACACAGUCCCUCCGCCGCCCACUAAAGCUGCCAGCAGUGGAAGAAGGUACACUUCCCAGAGAGAGGGCAGGUUUUUGUCAAGGAUCGCCAAGUAGCUGUGCUUCCAUUAGGGCCAUCAAACAAGGUCUCAACGUCCUUUAAGUGUCUGAUAACUGAACACCUUGUUUCUAUUCAUGGAAAAAAUACCUACCAGUCAGGAAAAUGAUGAGGCAGAGAUCAGAGAAAACAGUCUGUAUUUAAUAUGUAAAUGUACCAAUUCUAUUCAGUUUCUGCCCACAUUUGAGUGCUUCCUAAGAGGUUAGUACAUUGAGUUCUCAUAAAAAGCCUAAGCGUAGGUACUCUUUACGUGACUCAAAUGAGGAAAUUGAGACUUAGAAAGGUUAUGUGACCUUUCCACAGCUACCCACCUAGUGGUAAUGGAGCCUCAUUUUGAACCAGGUUCUGCUGACUGAAUGGGAUGCACCAUCAAGCAGGUUUUUCAGCGCUGCUCAAGUGUGGUCCUCAGACCAGUGCCUGGACCAUAAGUUACUAACAAACACCGUAUGUUCUGGUCUGUGAGGAGGAACUCUUAAAGCAACUUGUUUGACUAAUUUUGUUUCUGUUGAAUCCAAUAAAAAAAAAAAACAAAAAAACGGGGGCUUGUACUUUUGCUUUUAUUUCGUCUAGGAAUUUAUCAUUGUCUUCAAAACUACAGGCACUAAAACGCAGUCUAAAAAUAAAAACCCAGCCCUUCAGCACAGAUAGCAUAAGAAGCACUGCAUCAUUAUGAUGCCUGCUGCACAGAGGAUGUCUCACGCUCGAGCACAGGGAGAAGUGGCUUUCACUGCCUACAGUUUUGCCUUGUCUACUCAUGUUAAUAGCGCCAAACAUUCCUGAUUACUUUAACCUCUUUAACCUGCUAGUUGUCUUCAGAAUAUGUCACAAGAAAACUUGGAUCUUUGCACUGGCACCAUCUAGCGGCUAAAAUCGGGCAAUGUCAGCCUCUGGAUUCAGGAAAAUUGCUCUGGAAAAAGUGUUUUGGAUUUCCAGAACUACAUUGGGGUAACAAGCAGAAACUCCUAUGCCAAGUUUGUAUUAACUGUAAAUCACAGAACUUGGUUCCAUGGCAACAACAAAUGAGGACAUCCGUACAUGGAACUUGAAUAUUAAAGCAAGAAUCUACUAGUUACAUUAAAAAGCGUUCAUGAUUUUCCACUGUUGCUAAGAAUACUGAUGUGAAGAAAUUCUGAGAAUUUGACAUAUAGACUCAGGAUACUAUAACAGUGUGUAGCAUUCAUAUAAGUACUUCUUAAGAAUUUAUCAAACCUAUCUAUACUUACAAGUUGAAGUAGGGCUUUGAAGCAGAGAUGAUUCAGGAAAAAGC